AUGGCCAACGGCGAUUUUCAGUCAUAUCUGCGCCUGCUGCGCGGCUUCUUUGCUGAGUUUCGAUCGGUGCUGCGCCACAAAAAGCAACAGCAACGUCUCGGCUUGUUUUACAAUCGAGCAUUUAUGGUUGUGAUCUGCCUCUAUCCAAAUCGCUGCCUGUUGGCCAAUCCAAUGUACAAGUUCUGCAGCCUAUUCGUGUUAGCCAACUCAAGUCUAUUUCUGCUAUCGGUUACGUGUGCAAUACCCAAAUCCACGAAUGUCAUCGAUAUGGGUGAUGAUAUUGUUUUCAUGAUUGGGAUAACCCUCAUUACAACGAAGCUCUAUUACAUCCAUUUUCGCGCCAACGAAAUCGAUGAUGUUAUUGAGGAUUUCCAGUACUAUGAGAAGAUCUUCAAAGCAGAUCACAGCCUUGGAAAAGCCGAUAAUGAUGAGAAUAAGGAGAUUCUGCGAUGGCAGCGCAUCUGUUAUCUGGUUGAGUUGGUCAUGAUUAUUCAGUUUACGGUUUAUUUGUGCUUCUUCAAUGUGGCCAUCUGCAUGCACCCUUUAAUUUCUGAUAGGGAGCUACCGUACCAUGCUGUGAUGCCCUUUGGCUGGCAGCACCCUGACCAGCAUCCUUAUAUGCAUGCCCUCACCUAUAUCUGGCAGACUGCCACAGGGCAGUUCAAUUUGAUGGCGAUUUGUCACAUCGAUCUUUUCGGCAGUCACACCUUUAUGCACACGGCUCUAAAUCUGAAGAUACUCUGCAUUGAGAUGAAGAAAUUGGGAAAAUUGCAACUGAGCGAUACCCAUUUUCAUGAGCAGCUUUGCAAGAUUAUUCAGUUCCAUCAGCAUAUUAUACACACUAUUCAGAAUAACAGUCGCGUUUUUCAUGGCACUUUUAUUACCCAGAUGAUUGCCAGCUUUGCCCUGAUAUCGAUAUCCAUGUUUGAGACCAUGGCUGCCGCUGACAACCCCAAGGUAGCCGCCAAAUUUGUGCUCUUAAUGUUCAUCACCUUUAUACAGCUCUCCUACUGGUGUGUAGUUGGUACCUUGGUCUACAGUCAGUCCGUGAAUGUAGCUCAGGCUGCUUUUGAACUCAACGACUGGCACACAAAGUCCAUCGGUAUACAGCGUAUCAUUCUGUUCAUGAUUAUGCGUUCCCAAAAACCACUCAUCUAUGCGGCAAAACCGUUUCCCCCAUUCACCAUGGCCACCUACUCAAUCAUACUACAGCAGUGCUAUCGAAUGCUGGCUGUGCUGCGCGAGGCAAUGUAG